CGCUGAUAUCCGGCCAUUGUAUGAAACCAUAAAGAACUGUAAAAUCGCUCGACUGACACAUUCGAGGUCGGAUACUGAGUAUAAUCUCUUUAUUAGUAGGUGAACAAAGAGACAAACUUGCAUCAGAAUGUUGGUUACGUUUGUCAUUUUAAUUCUUCUUGCCGUCGCAAAUGUGACCCCGUUUGUGAGGGAAGGGAAAGAGGUUCUUUCUAACCAUCCCCGCAGUCGAGCCCGCCGCCACGUCGCGGAAUUAUCGAUCCCAGAGGCAACCACCGACGUCUCCGGCCUAACGACAACUGCGGGCCCGAAGGAAAACUGCAGCACAGCUGACGAUGAGACAAAAUUCGGGGAUCCCUUCACCUUGGAAUGUGCGGAACAACAAAUCUUCUCAUCAGUCAAAAGCAGUUACUGUAGUUCUCUGUCUGACCGCGCCUGGACAUUUCGCUGUAAGGGAGUCAGGGGUGAAGACAAGCUGCUGGAUGAGUGCUUCUGGUCGCCUUUUAUUAACGACUUCGGGGGCUUCAUCUCGUUCCAAUGUCCAUUCAACAGUCUCGUCACCGGCUUUUACAGCACUUUCCGGGCUGACCGAAAAGACAGGCGAUGGAAGGUGAAGUGUUGCACGCCGGGAUCGUACCUCGUGUACAACUGCCUGACCAGCCUCCCAGCCAACGAGUGGAAUGACGUCAUGGAUUUCUCCUCCCCUUCUGCCUACUACAUGCGCGGGAUUCGUAGUGGCGUCAGCGCAGGGAAGAGGGAUCGCCGUUACCAGUUUGAUCUGUGCAAGCUCAAAAAGCCGGACACCCAAAACCGUUAUCAUGGUUGAUAAUCUUCACGCUAUUGGAGGAAACAGCACGGAUCUAGUGGAGCAAAUCAUGAUCCAGAUCUGCUUCUUUUGUUUCAUUUAAUUUUACAUACAACCAGGGUUGACUAACUUACCGUAGAUUUUCAUGGACAAUAUGCAGUUUGACAUGCACAGUACCAUUGUUGUUGCAAGGUGUUUCUACUUGAGACUUGCUAUAAUCAUUGAAUACAUAUUAACAUUCUGCAGCAUUAUGAUUGUACAUUACUGUAACAUUACAGCUUUAUUUGGCUUCAUGUUUUUUUGCCAUAACUUAGAGCUUGAUACCAGGGGUAUGUCUAAGUUGCUGGUUGUAUAGUGGUUGACAACAUCAGAUGAAGAUCCCUUACAUUACUUAGUGACAAUUGUACCUUCUAUUCAUUUCCAGCUAAAGGAUCAGCUUUACAUACAUUAAGGUUAUUACCAUUUGGUCCAAAUGCCUGAUAACAUCAUUGACUUUAUGCACAUACAGUCAAUUCUAGCUUGUUACAGUGGCAUUUUCACAAUCUGCUACUGUUACAGUUACUAAAAGUUUUAAGUACAGCCUGUUUGACAAUAACAACUUUAAAGCCAGUAUCACAAAGACUGCAAACUCUGAAAGGACAUUUUUGGUAACAGUACAGCUGAUGUUCUCCCAAUCAUUGACCUUUAGAAACCAGUC